UCUCCAGUCAUUCCUGAGGGUAUAGCAAAAAUACAUGAUCACAAACCAAAAUCGCCGGUGGAUCAACUUAAAGAAUUGAGUCCAGUUGAAAUAGUAGCUGGACAAGAGGGUGUUAAAAGUAAAAUGGUAAAGGAAGUCAUUUCAGUCCCUGCAGAAAAGGAUCUUAAAUUUGAAGAUCAUAAAAUAAAAUCUCCAAUCCAAGAGGUUACUAAGUUAAGCCCAAUUCAUAUAGGAAAACAAGAUAUUAGUGCUCCUACUGAAGAAAAAGCUUUGUCUCCACUAAUUCCUGAAGAUAAAGAAAAAAUACAUGAUCACAAACUAAAAUCGCCGAUGGAUCAACCUAAAGAAUUGAGUCCAGGUGAAAUAGUAGCUGGACAAGAAGAUGUUAAAACUAAAAUUGUAGAGGAAAUCAUUUCAGUCCCUGCAGAAAAGGAUCAUAAAUUUGACGAAAACAAAAUAAAAUCGCCAAUCCAAGAGGUUACUAAGUUAAGCCCAGUUCAUGUAGAAAAACAAGAUAUUAGUGCUCCAACUGAAGAAAUGGUUUUGUCUCCACUAAUUCCUGAAGAUAAAGAAAAAAUAUACGAUCACAAAAUAAAAUCGCCUGUGGAUCAACUUAAAGAAUUGAGUCCAGUUGAAAUAGUAGCUGGACAGGAAUAUGUUAAAACUAAAAUUGUAGAGGAAAUCAUUUCAGUCCCUGCAGAGAAGGAUCUUAAAUUUGAAGAACACAAAAUAAAAUCUCCAAUCCAGGAGGUUACUAAAUUAAGCCCAUUUCAUGUAGAAAAACAAGAUAUUAAAGCUCAUGCUGAAGAAAAAGUUUUGCCUCCAGUCAUUCCUGAGGGUAUAGCAAAAAUACAUGAUCACAAAGCAAAAUCGCCGGUGGAUCAACUUAAAGAAUUGAGUCCAGUUGAAAUAGUAGCUGGACAAGAGGAUGUUAAAAGUAAAAUGGUAAAGGAAGUCAUUUCAGUCCCUGCAGAAAAGGAUCUUAAAUUUGAAGAACACAAAAUAAAAUCUCCAAUCCAGGAGUUUACUAAAUUAAGCCCAAUUCAUGCAGAAAAGCAAGAUAUUAAAGCUCCUACUGAAGAAAAAGUUUUGUCUCCAGUCAUUCCUGAAGGUAUAGCAAAAAUACAUGAUCGCAAACCGAAAUCGCCUUUGCAUCAACCUAAAGAAUUGAGUCCAGUUGAAAUAGUAGCUGGACAAGAGGAUGUUAAAAGUAAAAUUGUAGAGGAAAUUAUUUCAGUACCUGCAGAAAAGGAUCUUAAAUUUGAAGAUCACAAAAUAAAAUCUCCAAUCCAAGAGGUUACUAGGUUAAGCCCAAUUCAUGUAGAAAAACAAGAUAUUGGUGCUCGUAUUGAAGAUAAAGCUUUGUCUCCACUAAUUCCUGAAGAUAAAGAAAAAAUACACGAUCACAAACCAAAAUCGCCGGUGGAUCAAUCUAAAGAAUUCAGUCCAGUUGAAAUAGUAGCUGGACAAGAAGAUGUUAAAACUAAAAUUGUAGAGGAUAUCAUUUCAGUCCCUGCAGAGAAGGAUCUUAAAUUUGAAGAACACAAAAUAAAAUCUCCAAUCCAGCAGGUUACUAAAUUAAGCCCAUUUCAUGUAGAAAAACAAGAUAUUAAAGCUCCUACUGAAGAAAAAGGUUUGUCUGAAGUAAUUCCUGAAGAUAAAGAAAAAAUACAUGAUCACAAACCAAAGUCGCCGGAGGAUCAACAUAAAGAAUUGAGACCAAUUGAUAUAGUAGGUGGACAAGAAGACGUUAAAAGUAAAAUUGUGGAGGAAAUCAUUUCAGUUCCUGCAGAGAAGGAUCUUAAAUUUGAAGAACACAAAAUAAAAUCUCCAAUCCAGCAGGUUACUAAAUUAAGCCCAUUUCAUGUAGAAAAACAAGAUAUUAAAGCUCCUACUGAAGAAAAAGGUUUGUCUGCAGUAAUUCCUGAAGAUAAAGAAAAAAUACAUGAUCACAAACCAAAGUCGCCGGAAGAUCAACCUAAAGAAUUGAGACCAAUUGAUAUAGUAGGUGGACAAGAAGACGUUAAAAGUAAAAUUGUAGAGGAAAUCAUUUCAGUUCCUGCAGAGAAGGAUCUUAAAUUUGAAGAACACAAAAUAAAAUCUCCAAUGCAGGAGGUUACUAAAUUAAGCCCAAUUCAUGUAGGAAAACAAGAUAUUAGUGCUCCUACUGAAGAAAAAGCUUUGUCUCCACUAAUUCCUGAAGAUAAAGAAAAAAUACACGAUCACAAACUAAAAUCGCCGGUGGAUCAACCUAAAGAAUUGAAUCCAGUUGAAAUAGUAGCUGGACAAGAAGAUGUUAAAUCUAAAAUUGUAGAGGAAAUCAUUUCAGUCCCUGCAGAAAAGGAUCAUAGAUUUGACGAAAACAAAAUAAAAUCGCCAAUUCAAGAAGUUACUAAGUUAAGCCCAAUUCAUGUAGAAAAACAAGAUAUUAGUGCUCCAACUGAAGAAAAGGUUUUGUCUCCACUAAUUCCUGAAGAUAUAGAAAAAAUACACGAUCACAAACUAAAAUCGCCCGUGGAUCAACCUAAAGAAUUGAGUCCAGUUGAAAUAGUAGCUGGACAAGAAGAUGUUAAAACUAAAAUUGUAGAGGAAAUCAUUUCAGUCCCUGCAGAGAAGGAUCUUAAAUUUGAAGAACACAAAAUAAAAUCUCCAAUCCAGGAGUUUACUAAAUUAAGCCCAUUUCAUGUAGAAAAACAAGAUAUUAAAGCUCAUACUGAAGAAAAAGUUUUGCCUCCAGUCAUUCCUGAGGAUAUAGCAAAAAUACAUGAUCACAAACCAAAAUCGCCGGUGGAUCAAAUUAAUGAAUUGAGUCCAGUUGAAAUAGUAGCUGGACAAGCAGAUGUUAAAACUAAAAUUGUAGAGGAAAUCAUUUCAGUCCCUGCAGAAAUGGAUCUUAAAUUUGAAGAUCCCAAAAUAAAAUCUCCAAUCCAAGAGGUUACUAGGUUAAGCCCAAUUCAUGUAGAAAAACAAGAUAUUACUGCUCCUACUGAAGAUAAAGCUUUGUCUCCACUAAUUCCUGAAGAUAUAGAA